GUGCUUGCUUCGCAACUAUUUAAGCAUGUAAAAAUGUACGUAUGUAAGUGUGCAAUACACACAUGUUGAUGGUUCGACAAAUCAUUUUAUCCAGCGAACACAGAAUCUGCUUGCUAUAGUGGGAAAUAUAUGCAAUGAGAAUGGACUUUAUGCUCAGAAUUAUCAGUGCAUGGGAUGCUCAAGACCCAUUGGAAUGAUUUAUGGCAAAGCACGAGUGUGUGCAUUUGAUGGUGCAUACUAUUGUUAUGAAUGCCACGAGAAUGACGAAAACGUUAUCCCAGCGCGGAUCAUUCACAACUGGGACUUUCGCAAGCACAAAGUUGCAAAAUACACCAAACUUUUGCUCGAUCGCAUCCAGGAGGAGCCACUGUUUGAUCUAGGACGACUGAACCCAUCCAUAUAUGGAGUUGUCAGUGAAAUGCACGACAUAUUGGCUCUCAGAAGACGGUUGAACUUCCUCAAGACGUACCUGUUCACCUGUAAGCAGUCGGUGGCGGACGAGCUGAGAAAGCAGGUGUGGCCGCGAGAAUACCUGUACGAGAACGUACACCUGUACUCCACGUCGGAACUCCUUCAGGUAGAGUCUGGUCUACUGCAGCAGACGCUGAGGCGAUUGGUGGCAUACUGCAUGAAGCAUGUCAGCACCUGUCCCCUGUGCACUCAGAAGGGAUUCAUCUGUGAGAUAUGCCACAACCCGAAAGUGAUUUUCCCCUUCGAGGUUUCGACGACGUACCGGUGUGACAAAUGCCAGACCGUCUUUCACUCGGACUGCAUGAACGAGCUGAAGCCGUGCCCCAAGUGUGAACGACGCAAGAAGCGACAGCAGAACGUCGACACGAUAGAUUACGCCUACGUGCCUGACAGCGAAGCGUGAGUGCGGCCAUAGAGGGAGCUAGCGGGCGGGGCUCGAGGUUGGCGCGAGGGCAGCGAGCUAGGCGACUUUCGUUCAUUGAGUCGUUAGCAUUCAAUGUCGUCCUGCAGAUGGUGUACCGUAAUGUGACACGAACAGUAGGGCGGGCGUCGUUGGCGAUGCGUUUGCCACGAGAGUAAAUGAUUUCGAUGUUGCAUCUAUACCGAUGAAUCUGGACUUUGCGAUAAGACCGUGGAAGCGAAGUGAAAGUUACAGCGUUUUUUUUACAUCUUUAAGAGCCGCCGCAGGCUCAAUGGUGCUUUGCUCACUCUUGUUUCGGCGCGAGCAAGCGACUGAGACUACCAAUGCGCUGCUCAGUAGUAUGUGACGUCGGCAAGCCGAGUGAUGCCCCUCCUCAAUCAUUCUACAUCUAUGUUAUAUACUUAUCUAUGCGACAGGGAAUAGUAGUUGUUAUAGAUGUAGAGCCUUGAACACUUCCCUACCCAGGUUACCGUCCGUGUGGGUGUACAUUCGCUGCGGCAGGCGCGCGUGGGUAGACAGACUCGCAUUCUAAACACUCGCAUCGGUACGCUCGGUGGAUGUGAAGAAUUAGACGCUCGUCAACGUAUAGGGGGCGUUGUGCAGACUAUGUGCUCCGAUUGUUCACCCCUGCGAUUACAUGAUCGUUAGUCGAUUCAUUAUUCAUUGGAUUCGGUGGCGAUUUAUUACCGAGAGUGCAAUUCUCACUGCAUGCUUAUUUAAUCUUCAAGAUGGAAGAUUAAUUAGAUUGGCGGAAAAAAUCAGCAGAUCUUUGCUUCAACGGUCAACGCCCAUGCGUGCAUGAUUUGUGAUUAUAACACAGUUGGCCGUUACCGUCAGCGGCACGAUAAAAGGCUGUAAUUAACUUAAUUUAUUGCGCCGAUUGCCACUUGGGCUGUCUAUGGGUGAUAUAGCAAGGAUUGUAUCGAACGGCGUUAUGGUGCAGAGCGAUGUUAGUGACGUAGAUGAUGUUUCCCUAGCAUGCUAAAACUCGGGUGCACCACAUUUUACGGAAUAUGGAGAGCUUUUAGCUGGUGGUAAUUUUAAUCCCUUAUCACAUCUCGUGGUUUGAUAGAGAUAAUGAGAAUGCUGAAGGAAAUAUGAAUCUACAUAUUUUUUAUGUACAGACAGUUUUUUGAUGUUUUUUGACAAGAGUAACAUGCAACGUGCGUGUAAUUUGAACAUUGUAAAAUACAGUGCUAGAAUGCCUAUAAGUUGAAAUUA